GUGGACAGUGGUACUACAAUGGAGUUUCAAUUCGCUCGCCGUGUAAAUAUUAUCAAUUUCAGUGGUGCAAAAGCGCAUUGGGACGGAAAAGAGCUCAAUUGAGUGGUGAAAAGUGCAUAAAUGUGUACGCGGGUGGACUUGUGUGGCUUCUGAGUGAUGCGCCAUUCGGAGCGACGCCAGGAAAAGGGGAUUUGUGAGAUAAAGUGAGGGCCCCCGUGCAUUGAAUUUACACGCAUUUCACGCACACUACGCACCCCCGUGGUGCAUAGUUGGUGAAUGGGUGGCCGUUUUGUGUGCUCCCCCAGAGGUCAAAGUGCAAUUUCGUGGAGAUGUUUUGGAUUUCUGGAAGCAUUUCCCUCAUGAGUGGAAUGUCGCAUUUUCUUUAAUAAUAAAAAGAGAAGACUUUGUUCAAAGCAGUUCAACCGAAUCUUCUUCUGCGGAUGGCAUCGUGGUCACAAAAAUAACAAAAUAGCAAGAAGAGAUUCUGUGAGCAGCAGUGUUAAGUGUGUGCGACCCCAUGAUUUAAAGUUAAAGAAAAAAAGGAAUUUAAUUUAAAAGAGAAAAACAAAACUUUAGUGGAAUUUUUUAAGGGUUUUUAAAUUAAUCUUUUAAUCUUAUUCUGCGUGCUUUAGUGUUUAAAAGUGGACUUUUAGUAUAGAAAAAGAAAAAUUUGUAAUUUUAGUCUAAUUUUUUCUUGCAUUGAAUGGUGUGGAAAGGAGAAGGAGUUUUCAUAGGAAAAGACGAAGAAGAUAAAGAGAGGGAAGGAGAGAGAGAUGUUUUGUGAAAGUCUAUGAGCAAUGAAGAAGAGGAAAACAAGUGCAAAUUUGUGUAAGUCGAGUGAGUGUGGUGCGUUGUUACAUGCAGAUAGUGGUGAAGCGAUGGUGGUGUCGGGAUCCGCCCCAAUAGAUGGGGACACAUGCAGUGGUGGGGGUGGGGAUCCAGAGGGCGCACACAUGUGGCGGCAAUUUAAGUUAAAUGAUAGGAAAAAACGUAGUUGUAGGAUGCUCAAAGUGCCAAAGUAUUUGCAUCAGGGAUUCAUCGAAAAAUGUUCCAAGUUCAUCAGCAGCAGCGGGACAACACGGAGACUUUCAUAUUUUACAAAUAUUUUAGUAGUAUUAUGCGUGUUUGUAUUGACACUCUCAUUAACCGUACAAUUCGUGCAUGGAGACCAAAUUCAACCGGAGACUCACAUGGCGGCAUCCAACGAUACAGGAGUUUGCCAAAGUAUGGACAUACGGAACAGCCCAAGUCAAUUGGAACGUUUACGGAAUUGCCGCGUAAUUGAGGGAUUCCUACAAAUUCUCCUGAUUGAUCGUCUCAAGGGGUCAGAUAAGGCAUUUGAGAACUACACGUUUCCCCUGUUGACUGAAAUCACAAACUACCUGAUGCUGUAUCGUGUAAAUGGCCUCAAAACACUCAGGAAGCUCUUCCCGAAUUUAACCGUCAUCCGUGGGAAUCAGCUAUUUGUCAAUUAUGCCCUCAUUGUGUACGAAUUGAUGGAUAUCGAGGAGAUUGGGCUCAUCUCUCUCACACACAUUGGACGUGGAGCUGUGAGAAUUCAGAAUAACCCAAGCCUUUGCUACGUUCACACCAUCGAUUGGACGCUUAUUGCUCCGCAUACGCUUAAAACUGAUCACUACAUUAGGGGCAAUAGCAAAGAAAAUCUCUGUCCAAUGUGUCCAGGGAGUAAGAGAGGCGAAAAGGAUGUUGAUAAUGAAUCUCCAAGAACCACCAUUGAGUGUCCAAUUGCCCGGCACGAUCCCUUCAAUCGUCUGUGUUGGAAUAGUGAACAUUGUCAGAAGACUUGUCCGGAUGCGUGCAAGACAUCGGAAUAUCGGUUACCGUGCUCUGCGAACAAUCAAUGCUGUGACCCUUCAUGCCUUGGAGGGUGCAGCCCAUCGGAUCCAAAGUCUUGCACUGUGUGUCGUCAUCUGAGUGUUGGCUAUGGGAAGGAUGUGAAGUGCGUCAAGGAGUGUCCAGUCUUUUACUAUAAGCAUAUGAAUCGCCGAUGUAUCACCAAAGAGGAAUGCCUAAAUAUAACAAGAUCCCUCGAUGUGAGGGACGCCUCGAAACUCUAUCCGUAUAUCCCGUUCAAUGGGACGUGUACUCUCGAAUGCCCCACGAAUUACUACAAAAUGGACAACGAUACGAACAAUCGGACGUGCAUCCCGUGCAAUGGGCUAUGCCGCAAGACGUGUCAAGCGGCAAAGAUUGAUAGCAUCUCAACGGCACAGCAGAUGCGUGGGUGUACCCACAUUGCGGGUUCUCUCGAAAUACAAAUAAUGAAUCAAGGUGGAUUAAAUAUUGUCAAGGAGCUCGAGGAGUUCCUCUCAAAUAUCGAGGAGAUUGAUGGAUAUUUGAAGGUUGCACGUUCCUUUCCCCUUGUAUCGUUGAGCUUUCUCAAAAAUCUCAAAGUCAUCCAUGGCAAGACCCUCGAGUACAAUCGCAAUUCACUCAUUGUCCUGGAUAAUCCAAAUCUCCAAUCAUUGUGGAAUAAUACGAGUCAAUUGCGCAUUGAGCACGGUGGGAUAUCCUUUCACUACAAUCCCAAAUUGUGCUUGUAUAAGAUUGAAGCGCUUAAGAAUAGUAUUGCCGACCUCGAUGGGAGGGACUUCUAUACGGCACAGGAUGUAGCGAAGACAUCGAAUGGGGAUAAAAUUGCGUGCAAUGUGACAAAGUUGAUUGUCAAUACGACACGGAUUGAUGACCAUGGUGCUGUUAUUGAGUGGGAGCCCUACCAGCUGGAGGAUGAUCGUGCUCUCUUGGGCUAUGUUGUGUCCUACAUUGAGGCCCCAUUUAAGAAUGUUUCGCUCUACGAUGGGCGCGAUGCUUGCGGGACGGAUGGAUGGAAAGUGGACGAUGUUGGGCGAGAGAAUUACACACAAACGUCAAUCUCGUACCCUUUGGCACGACUGGAGCCCUACACGCAGUACGCGUAUUACGUGAAAACGUAUACCGUGGCAACAGAGCAAAUGGGUGCUCAGAGUGACAUUAUUUACUUCCGGACACGUCCUGGGCGCCCGGAGCAGGUGCAGCGACUCCGUACGACUGCCAAUGGGACGUCGGAGAUUGUCGUUGAGUGGGAACCACCGUCCAAGGCUAGAGGGAAUCUCACUUCAUACUGCAUCUUGGCAACAAUUUCCGAAGAUAGUGCAGCUCUGGGCUCAAAGAGGGAUUACUGUACUCACGGGCUCAAGCCAGAGGCUGACUUACCUGUCCUCCCAACUCCAUCCCCCAAACCAACUUCCCCAACCCCUGAUGAUCCUGAGAAGUGUGCCUGCAAGAAGAAUGAUAAACCAAAGCUCUCAGAGGCAGAUGCAGAGAUUCAAAUCAGCUUCGAGGAUCAUCUACAUAACUACGUCUACAUCAAAAAACCCUCACGGACACGUCGGAGUAUUCCGCUGAAUGGGAACAAUUCUGCCCUCUCGGAUUACUUUCCCAAUGACAUCAUCUUCCCGGAUAGCCCAAUGAUUGAGGACAGCGUCAUUCCGGAGCACAUGAAGAAGGAUGUAAUGGAUGAGAAUAACGAUUACUACGUGCAGGUGUACAGGGAGCUGAAUGUGUCGGAAACGAAGUACGUGAUAAAGCAGCUGAAGCACUACACGCAGUACAUCAUCUCCGUGAUUGCCUGCCGGGAGCUCGAAGAGAAUGUUUAUCCGAAGAAUGAUAAGGAUACACCCAACUGCAGUACCAAAGCAAUUGAGUACCAAAGAACCGGGAAGAUUGGUGGUGCCGAUGAUAUUACGCACGUUCACAUUGAGAAGACCAACAAUAAUACGUUGUUCAUCUCCUGGAAGGCUCCCAAGAAUCCCAAUAGCCUCAUUUUGACGUACACGGUGCACAUACAGAAGGUGGAUGAUGUGAAUAGUAUGCGUAAGCCAACGGUGCAUUGCAUAAAGAAGGAGACUUUUGAAAAAUCCAAUGGAACGUUCAAGUUGACGAUGGUUGAGGCGGGAAAUUACAGCAUUCAAGUGCAAGCAACAUCAUUGGCUGGAGAAGGAAAUAUGACUGAUCCACGCUACAUCGUCAUUAAGAAGGACAACGAUAACGCCUUAACCAUCACCCUGGGCGUUGUAAUACCGAGUUUACUCGCCGUGGCCGUUAUUGGGGGUUUCAUGUACUACCAGAAGAAGGUGAAGAGUGUUCCGGAUCUCAAAUUAAUUGCCACCGUUAAUCCCGACUACGUUAGUAUGCAGUACACCCCGGAUGAGUGGGAGAUGCCGCGGGAUAAUAUAACGCAACUCAAGGAACUCGGUCAGGGGUCCUUUGGGAUGGUGUACGAGGGGACAAUAAGUAAGCUGGAUAAGCAUGGGGAGAAUGUGAAGUGUGCCAUAAAGACGGUGAAUGAGAAUGCAACGGAUCGUGAGAGGAUGAACUUCCUGCGAGAGGCUUCGGUGAUGAAGGCCUUCGAUACGCAUCACGUUGUCCGGCUGUUGGGGGUUGUUUCGCGAGGGCAGCCAACACUUGUUAUUAUGGAGCUGAUGGCAAAGGGGGAUCUCAAGGGGUACUUGAGGUCACAUCGUCCCGAUCCGGAAGCCAUAAAAACGGGUCAGAGUCCACCGCAACCGCCCACAUUGAAACGUAUCCUGCAGAUGGCUAUCGAAAUUGCCGACGGUAUGGCCUAUUUGGCGGCUAAGAAGUUUGUCCAUCGGGACUUGGCUGCGCGGAAUUGCAUGGUUGCUGAGGAUUUAACCGUCAAAAUUGGGGAUUUUGGCAUGACACGAGAUAUCUAUGAGACGGAUUACUACCGAAAGGGGACCAAAGGACUUUUACCGGUUCGUUGGAUGUCUCCGGAAAGUUUAAAGGAUGGCGUCUUUACGAGUAGCAGCGAUGUGUUCAGCUAUGGUGUGGUCCUGUGGGAAAUGGCAACGCUUGCAUCGCAACCAUACCAAGGUUUAUCGAAUGACCAAGUUUUGCGGUACGUCAUCGAUGGGGGCGUGAUGGAACGACCGGAAAACUGCCCCGAUCAGCUGUACAAUCUCAUGCGCGAUUGCUGGCAACAUAAACCAAAUCUCCGGCCGUCUUUCAUUGAUAUCGUCACUAGUCUGCUGGAUGAAGUUUCCACCUCCUUCUCGCGCGUCUCCUUCUACCACUCCGACGAGGGAGCUGAGGUGCGGCUACAGCAGCAAAAUGCUCUUCAAGCUGCUGCUGAGAAUCGCUCAGAAGACGCCACGACGCUUCUACGGCGUGACGAAGAGGCACUCAGCAUAGACGAUGAGCAUGAUGCAGAUGAGAAUUUUCUCAUGGAACGCCCCCCGAGUCAUCAACUAAUAACAAGUGGAAGUUCAUAUCCAAAGAAGAAGCAACAACAUUCACCGCUUAGGUGAAAAUUUAUCUAACACGACUGCAUGCCCUCCUCCACCUGCCCCAACAAAUGCGCGCGUAAAAGGGCAGAGCAGAAGUUAACUUCGUCGACAAAAAGAUAAAAAAUCGCGAUAAAAUGAGAGAGAGAGAGAGAGAGAUUCUGUGGGAAAGGAGCGCCAUAUCCGUCGCACUAAAAACAACAAAUAAAAAGAAAAGAAAAAAACGAAUAAACUUCCGUGGCUCAACAACAACAAAUAAGGGGAGCACGAGCCACGGGUGGAUUUGAAUCACAACCCACUCACAACAGACUGUUUUGAAUGUAUAUUUUCAAUUUUUUUUUUAACAUUAUAAUAUUGUACUACAUGUAAAUACCGACUGAAGACAAGAUUUAAUUAAAAUAAACAAAAAAACCGUAGAAACUGUGUGAAAGGAGAUGAAGAAAAAAGAAACAAAAUAAGAAAAAAAAUACUUAGUAAAUGCGCCAUAAGAAGCUAAAGAAAAUCUACACAACACAACGUUUAGAGAGAAAAAAAGGAAGGAAUGGUGCAAAAUAAUUCUAAGCACUACCAUUUUGUAGCUUUUACGCGAGAGAGGAGUUUGAGAAAAAAAAAUUUAAGCAGGAUUAACUCUCUUUAUAGAGAGAGAGAGAAUUAAACAAAAAAAGAGUAAAGUUUUUUAUUAACAUUUUGGUAUAAAUAAAUGAGAGAAAAAAAAUUGGUAAUGUCGCGAAAGUAAUAAAAAUUUUAAUUCCUUUUAAAAAGAA